CAUAGCUUUUUAUUCACGAGUACGUUUCCAUAAAAAGUUCGUACGGCUUCGUUCAUUUCCUGGCCGACCGUCGUUCGUGUUGCGGCGCCAUCAUUUUCAUAAUAAAAAGCAUUCCGAUUCGAUCGAUCAUUAUUCAUGGGCUACGCCAUCAAUCCAGAGAAUAUGGCGAUUUAAUUGAUUCGUGGGACAAGGGUUUCUUGGUUUAACAUCGAAUGAAGGCAAUUCGGCAUCAUGUAUCUCUACAAUUUGACUUUGCAACGUGCUACCGGCAUAACUCAUGCUGUCCAUGGGAAUUUCUCGGGCAGCAAGAUGCAAGAAAUUCUUGUAUCGAGGGGCAAGUCCUUGGAGCUUUUGAGGCCUGAUCCCAAUACCGGCAAAGUUCACACGCUUCUCACAGUUGAAACAUUUGGGAUAAUACGAUCGUUGAUGGCAUUCAGGCUUACCGGUGGUACUAAAGAUUAUAUCGUCGUCGGUUCAGACUCCGGGCGCAUUGUUAUUCUCGAGUACAUUCCUGCUAAAAAUGUAUUUGAGAAAGUCCAUCAGGAAACCUUUGGCAAAAGUGGAUGCAGGCGCAUCGUACCUGGACAAUAUCUGGCUAUCGAUCCCAAAGGACGAGCGGUUAUGAUAGGUGCAAUAGAAAAGCAGAAAUUAGUGUACAUCCUGAACAGGGAUCCUGAAGCAAGAUUGACCAUUUCGUCGCCUCUCGAAGCCCACAAAAGCAAUACUCUUGUCUACCACACGGUCGGUGUGGAUGUUGGUUUUGAAAAUCCAAUGUUCGCUUGUCUCGAAAUUGACUACGAGGAAGCCGAUGGUGAUCCUUCUGGCGACGCGGCAGUAAAAACUCAGCAAACUUUGACGCUUUACGAAUUGGAUCUUGGUCUGAAUCACGUUGUUAGAAAAUACAGCGAACCGCUCGAAGAACAUGCGAAUUUUCUCGUGUCCGUCCCAGGCGGAAACGACGGCCCCAGCGGCGUUCUUAUCUGCUCCGAGAAUUAUCUCACUUACAAGAAUCUUGGUGAUCAACACGACAUCCGUUGUCCAAUACCAAGAAGACGUAACGAUCUUGACGAUCCCGAGCGCGGAAUGAUUUUCGUUUGCUCUGCGACCCACAAAACCAAGAGCAUGUUUUUCUUCCUAGCUCAAACCGAGCAAGGUGACAUUUUCAAAAUAACCCUUGAGACCGACGAAGACAUGGUUACGGAAAUUAAAUUGAAGUACUUUGAUACUGUGCCUGUUGCAACGAGCAUGUGUGUACUGAAGACCGGAUUUCUCUUCGUCGCAUCCGAAUUCGGAAACCACUAUUUGUAUCAAAUAGCGCAUCUCGGAGAUGAUGACGAUGAGCCAGAAUUCAGUUCGGCAAUGCCCUUGGAGGAAGGAGACACUUUUUUCUUUGCACCUAGACCACUUAGAAAUCUAGUUCUCGUCGAUGAAAUGGACAGUUUAUCGCCAAUUCUUGCGUGUCAGGUUGCUGAUCUCGCAAACGAGGAUACUCCCCAAUUGUACAUCGCAUGUGGUCGUGGACCGAGAUCGACGUUGAGAGUAUUGCGUCACGGUUUAGAAGUGUCCGAAAUGGCGGUGAGCGAGCUCCCGGGUAAUCCGAACGCCGUUUGGACCGUCAAACGAAGAAUCGACGAGGAAUAUGACGCGUACAUCAUUGUGUCCUUCGUCAAUGCAACUCUUGUGCUUAGCAUUGGAGAGACCGUCGAGGAAGUAACGGACUCUGGUUUUCUCGGUACUACACCGACCCUCAGCUGUUCUGCUCUCGGUGAAGAUGCUCUUGUUCAGGUGUAUCCGGAUGGAAUUCGUCACAUACGCGCUGAUAAACGUGUCAACGAAUGGAAAGCACCUGGAAAGAAGACGAUCGUCAAGUGUGCGGUUAACCAACGGCAAGUUGUCAUUGCGCUCACCGGUGGUGAGCUCGUUUACUUCGAAAUGGAUCCUACUGGUCAACUGAACGAAUAUACGGAACGUAAAAAGAUGCCUUCCGAGGUGAUGUGCAUGGCUCUAGGAAACGUGGCUGUUGGAGAGCAGCGUUCGUGGUUCUUGGCGGUUGGUCUCCAGGAUAAUACCGUGAGGAUAAUUUCCCUCGAUCCAUCCGAUUGUCUCGCACCGAGAAGUAUGCAAGCUUUGCCAGCCGCAGCGGAAAGUCUCUGUAUAGUUGAAAUGGGAGCUAAAGAUGUCGAUUCUUCGGACGAUAUGGCGCCACAACAAUCAAGCCUUUAUCUUAACAUAGGUCUUCAAAACGGCGUCCUGCUACGAACCGUGCUCGACCCGAUAUCGGGUGAUCUCGCUGACACGAGGACACGUUAUCUCGGCUCCAGGCCUGUGAAACUCUUCAGAAUAAUGAUGCAGGGGAAUCAGGCAGUAUUGGCAAUGUCAAGUCGAUCUUGGCUCAGUUACUACUACCAAAAUCGUUUUCAUCUAACUCCACUCUCCUACGAGAGUCUCGAAUUCGCCUCGGGCUUCAGUUCGGAACAAUGUCCCGAGGGCAUCGUUGCCAUAUCAACGAAUACCUUGAGGAUUUUGGCGCUUGAAAAAUUAGGCGCUGUUUUCAAUCAAGUGAGCUUCCCGCUCGAAUAUACACCAAGGAAAUUCGCGAUACACGCGGAUUCAGCUCAUUUGUUGCUCAUCGAGACCGAACAUAAUGCUUAUACGGAAGAAACGAAACAGCAAAGACGUCUCCAAAUGGCUGAGGAAAUGCAAGAGGCUGCGGGCACCGAGGAAGCCGCUGUUGCCAGAGAAUUGGCCGAAGCUUUCUUGUCCGAAGAACCCAACGAAGCAGUUUUCGGUGCACCCAGGGCUGGGCCUGGCCUUUGGGCAUCGCUUAUACGUAUCAUAGCGCCUACCACCGGUCAAACCUUCGAGGUCCAUCGCCUCGAGCAAAACUAUGCUGCGUUGUGCCUGGCUUUGGUGAGAUUUGCAAAUCAAGGAGAUCAGCAGUUUCUGAUUGUCGGCGUUGCCAAAGACUAUCAAUUAAACCCAAGAGUCAGUAACGGCGGUUUUCUAUAUACGUAUAAAGUAAACGGUGACUGCACGAGUAUGGAGUUGUUGCACAAAACUGUGCUAGACGAGGUGCCUCUGGCCAUUUGUUCGUAUCAAGGUCGUGUACUCGUUGGUGUCGGAAGGAUGCUCAGACUCUACGAUAUGGGUAAAAAGAAACUUUUGCGGAAGUGCGAGAACAAACACAUACCCAACGCCGUUGUCGCAAUAAACGCGGUCGGUCAACGUAUAUACGUUAGCGAUGUACAAGAAUCCGUCUACGCUGUCAGAUAUAAACGUCAGGAGAAUCAAUUGAUUGUUUUCGCUGAUGAUACGCAUCCGCGAUGGAUCACAACUACUUGCGUAUUGGAUUAUGAUACCGUAGCCACGGCUGAUAAAUUUGGCAAUAUUGCAGUGGUACGCCUUGCGAGUGGUAUCAACGAUGACGUUGAUGAAGAUCCAACGGGAAACAAAGCGCUAUGGGAUCGUGGUUUGUUGAAUGGUGCCAGCCAGAAGGCCGAUACUGUCGCGUGUUUCCACAUCGGUGAGACCGUCAUGUCACUACAAAAAGCAACUCUGAUCCCCGGGGGCUCCGAGUCCCUCGUUUACACAACUAUAAGUGGCACCGUCGGCGUUCUCGUGCCAUUCACCAGUCACGAAGAUCAUGAUUUCUUUCAACAUCUUGAGAUGCACAUGCGUUCCGAGCAUCCACCACUUUGUGGUCGUGAUCAUCUGUCAUUCAGAUCUUACUAUUACCCGGUGAAGAAUGUGAUUGAUGGUGAUUUGUGCGAACAAUUUAAUUCCAUUGAACCCGCUAAACAGAAAAGCAUUUCUGGCGAUUUAGAAAGAACGCCAUCCGAAGUUUCGAAGAAACUUGAAGACGUGAGAACACGCUACGCGUUCUAAAUAUUGUCAUUCAAUUUUUCAAAAGUUUAUAAUUCCCGUCAAUUCGAACUAUUCUGCUUUCACUCGAAGUUAAUAGUGAAAAGAAUUAACGUUGAGCCUUUCGGGCGAUUGAAAUUUCUUUUAUUCGAUCAAUCAACGUACGCAGAACUAGAAUGUGGCAGAAAUUGGCAUCGUUCAAGUAUUAAAAUCUAAGAUUGUUUCUUUUAACAUCGGCAGGUGUUCGCUCUAAAAAAAAGUACAUUUCUUUCGUUUCUCAAUAGAAUCGUCUCAAAAUACCUUUACUUUGCAAAAACUAGAACGAAUUCAAAUGCUAAUCCAAAGAAAUCAAAUUGUUAGCAGUAUCAAUUCGAUGUACCAAUUUCUGCUGGAAAUUCGCAAACAAAACGAAAAUUGCUGUAGUAUAGAAUUCUAAAGAUUUCGAAACACUCCUGUAACUUGUGAUAAGAGUAAAAUCGUUCGAACUUCGGAAGGCUUCAAAAUGUGACAUGUUCAAGUUGUGCUGGAAUAUUAAAUCUCGGGUAAUACAGCCCAAUUCCUCCAUCCUGAACGGAAAAAGUUUGCACAAUGAGCGUCAAAACAUUUUAAAAGACUGACCAGCGACGAAGUACCGUUAGAUGGAACAAAAAAACUACGAAACGUCUUGCGAAGAGUACAUGUUGCGUAUGCCGUGUAAUAAUGUUUUGUUUUUACCUCGCAUUGUACAUAAAAAACGAAAUUAGCGUGUAUGCUUUGAGGUAGUUACCGCAUUCUCGGUAUUAUUUAACAAUUAAGUCUCGUAUAUGACCGUAGUUUCUACGAUAUUUAUUGUCGGCGUUUAGGAAGAGGUUGAAAAAUAAAAAAAUGAGAAAAAAAAGUAA